GAUAAAGCUCAGCGGACCUCACCAGGCUGAAUAUACAGAAGCAUCAUGAAGCUCACCCUCAUCUUAUCUAGUUGGGUUGUCUGCACGCUGCUGGGGUGUCUAGGGGGUACAGCUCAGGCUCGAAAACUUCAUCUGGGCAACUGUGUAGUUAACAUUCAUACUCACGAGCUCAGGCAUCAUUUCCAGCACAUACGUCAAGCCAUGAUAUCAGGAGACGAUCACAAGAACAUCAGAUUACUUAGAAAAGACAUGAUGCACAGUUUACAGGUCACAGAAACGUGUUGUUUCCUCAAGCAGCUUCUUCACUUUUAUAUGGACAAAGUCUUUAUUAGCUUCAAAAGUGGCCAUUCCCUACACCGCAGAACCACCAGCGUCCUUGCCAACUCCUUCCUUGGCAUCUCCAAGGACCUGCGAGCAUGCCAUGCUCAGACACACUGUGAAUGCACUGAAGGAGUCCGAUUAAAACUUGCCGGCAUUCAAGCCAUGUAUGAAAAGCUUGACCAAGCAGAAGCAGCACCGAAGGCUAUCGGAGAACUGGAUUCACUGUUUGAAUGGAUAGAUACUUUACAUAACCAUUAACAUCAAAACAAAACUAAACUAAGUUAAAUAAUUUAUUACACUUCUAAAGCACAAAACUAAGCUACAUUAAUUUAUACAUUUGUUUAUUUACUACUAAACUAGAUAAAAAGUGGUUUUAGGAACUAACAUCAUGGACUGCCAUAUACUGUACUGUACUGGAAAAGAGAUGACGCUGAUCAAUCUUUCAGCAUUUGGAUAUAAUAUAUGUAGGAAUAAUUUAUUCCAAUAAUAGACUACAUUUUGUGGAUUAUAUAUUUAUAUGCAUA